AUAAGCUUAAUGCAGUGACGGGUACCAAAGCAGCAGUGAAAAGAGCUCGAAAUAUGCCGGCAACGUCUCACACAAGGCGGACAUUGACAGCCUGAUUCGCCAGCGCGUGAUGUCUGUCGACUGCUACAGUCGCAGAAGUCAAUGAGCAAGCUUUCAUUGCUCCACCAUUGUGCAACUGCUGAAUAAAAAUAGUUGUCUACGCGUUUUGAGUUUUUGUACAAAUGAUAACUUUUGGAGUGUGUGCUGUUCAGCGGACUGCGCAGAUACUGAAACAUUUGCGUGAGUGUGCUUCUCCCAAAGAGACCACGAAGCAGGGUCGUUGUCAAUAGAAAAACGGCAGCUCACCGGUUUGCUGUUUCUUUCGUUCGCUGGCUAAGCGUUUACGAGAACAAGCUUUCAUGUCUGCACUUCUGGACCGCACCAAGUUUCUUUCCCUGUGUUGCUUGUGAAUACAUGUCCAGCUGGUUUGGCCGCGGCCCCUUUCCCUCUGGCCAGCAUUUGUGUGGACCAACAAGCGUGUUUUUCCUCAUCCCGCUCUGUCUACGUGAUGGCGGAAAACGGAGGAGUGGGUCUCGCUGGUACAGCGCCUGAUGACUCGCGACCCCUCAUUUUUUUCUGCACUGGCAAUGCCAACAAGCUGGCGGAGGUCCAGCAAAUCUUAGCGGAUCAAGAUGUUCGUCUUGUUGCGGCAAAUGUUGACUUGCCCGAGCUUCAAGGCGCAUCGCCUGCGGAGAUCGCAGAGGCCAAAUGUCGAUCGGCUGUGCGCCAGUUGCACCUUUCCGAGGCUGAACUUUCGCGGAACGCACUCGUGAUGGUUGAAGACACUUGUCUGUGCUUCAACGCCCUCAAGGGUUUACCAGGGCCAUACGUGAAAUGGUUUCUGCAGAAACUUGGACCAGAUGGCCUUCCUAACCUCCUAGCGGCGUAUGAGGAUAAGAGCGGCUAUGCGUUGUGCACACUGUGUGUCGCAGAGAUUGGCCGAGUUACAGAGGAAGGCGGCGAACCAACUUUCCACACGCUUGAAGGCCGCACAGACGGCAUUAUUGUGCCGGAACCACGAGGACCGCGCACUUUCGGCUGGGAUCCAAUCUUUCAGCCUCAUGGUUUCAAGUUGACCUACGCAGAAAUGGAUAAGGCUGUGAAGAAUUCUAUAUCACAUCGAUACAAGGCAAUGGAGGCACUUAAGAACUUUUUGUCGCGUACGAUGCGGCGCUGACAGACUCCGCGGCGCACAUCAUCGGCCACUUCCUCCCCCCAACCCCGUAAAAUUCGGGAUACCGAGUGCUCGGAAUGACAAUUUGCCUACGCACGAAUUCCACAGGCGCCCGCAUGCACGUUACUAGAAGGGACAUACUCUUGACAGACAACGGAAUCGAACCGCUGCGUCCCUAUGGUCCAAGUGACGCAAUUUUGUGAGAAGGCCAGCUUGUAUCUUGAUUGCUUCCACCGACGGUAAAGGUGCCAAUGGACAGAGGAGCAGCCGCAUUUUUCGUAGAACCUCCCUCUCCGUUUCCACGUUGUCACUGUGUCAUGUUCACCGAGCGGAGCUGGGUCGUGGGCGCUUUUGAGAACAAAGUGUCAAUCUCCAUGAUUUCUGCGGAGUUCCACCACUUUUUGUUCAGGUGCUGACACAUACUGGUGCUUUUUGUGUGGUUCCGGUCCCACUGCAUGAGCCUGAGGAACCUCGACAUAGCGCGUCCCGCGUGAUCAUGCAUGCUUUCGUCCACGUGGUGGCUUGGGCAUUAACUUAUACCGGGAGCAUGUUUUAGCCGGGUCAUUGAACAUGACAAGUUUACUUCUUCGCAGCACCACACAUCAUGACAGAGCUGCAGUUUGUGCUUUUCCGCAAAGGAACGUCAAAAUAUCUUGCUGUAUGCACACGAUUUACCUGCGAUGUAAUUGGUGGGAGGAAUUUCUUCCGCAAACUCUUGUAUUCCCUUAAUCGCGUUUGUAGCAACUGUUCAAUGGGAGAGAGCUGCGGGUUGCCGAGCUUCUUGAUACACGUAUAUCCUUUCUGCUCUUCACGUAUGCGACACUAAAUUCAGACGUCUAGCAAACGCAUGACGAGUGCAUAACAAUCCCACUGCACCAUUAGCAGUGAGCGUCUUCCGUCAAGAGCCACACGAGAGAAAUGCCAAAGCAAAACCGUAUCACGAGAUUCCAAGUAGACAAGGUUGAAAACCGCAGAUUUCUCAACAACAUGGGCAUGCUAGAAGGACACAUUUGA